GGUAGAGGUUUUGGGUUCGAACCCAGAAAUUGCACAUACUGCUAACAUUUGAAUACACUGUGACGUGCUUUGGAUGAAACUGCUUGCCAAAUGCAGAAUUAGUGUCUUUCAACAUCAGAUUUUCAUGCUUUAAGACUCGGCACUUAGAGCGCGAUGUGACUCGUGCAUUGCUCAUAAGAGUGGGUGGGGAGUCAGACAAGAGCGUGACAACGAGCAUCUUUAAAUAACAACACAUACAAUCACACAGACCCGGACCUUUAUCGGUAUGAAUGACAUUGACAUAUCAUCAGGUAUGCACUCCGAAGACUGGAGCACAAAUCAACCGGGUCAACAGAGGCCUGUGAUCACUAAUCUCAGCUUUAAUCAGCUAUCAGAGGAGAACCGAAGACAGAGAAAGGAACUUCGAAGUCCUAAUGGCUCAAAGGAAUUCAUUCCUGAUGAUCGUAACCAUGGCAUCUACUUUGCCAUGCUAUUGGCUGGUGUCGGCUUUCUACUGCCGUACAACAGCUUCAUCACAGAUGUGGACUAUCUGCGCCGCAAAUUUAGAAGGGUCUAUAUUGUGUUCCAUAUCAGUUUGACGUAUAUACUGGUGGGUUUGAGUUCUGUUAUUGUGAACAACAUGCUGGUGGAGAAACUGAGUUUACACACGCGGAUUUGUGUUGGAUAUCUCUUUGCUUUGGGACCUUUGGUGUUUGUGAGCAUAUUUGAUGUUUGGUUGGAGCUGUUUGACACUGAGCAGUCAUAUGUUCUCACUUUGGUCUCAGUUGCCAUUGUUGCAUUUGGAUGCACAGUGCAACAGUCCAGCUUCUACGGAUACACAGGCAUGCUACCCAAGAGGUACACACAGGGCGUGAUGACUGGAGAGAGCAUCGCAGGAGUUAUUGUCUCGCUGAGUCGGAUUUUUACGAAGCUUCUGGUGGAAGACGAGAAGAACAUCAUCAUCUUAUUCCUCUUUUCCGUCUCAAUAGAGACUCUCUGUUUUCUGUUGCACGUGGUGGUGCGGCGAACCAGAUUUGUGCGUUAUCACACGGACAGAGCUCAACAUAGCCACACCAGCUUCACAGGACAGAUUCAUGAUUCUCCUGCUCGAAAUCACGUUGACAAUCAGAUACAUUAUGACAGCAGUGCAGAGGAAGAGGAUGGAACGGUGGUGUCAAGCGCAGUUGAUGAUGCUGAUGGAGUUCAUCUUGACAACAGUUUCCAUGGUGAUGGAACAUACGUCAAAUUUGAUGUACCUAAACCGGACACCAGAACGACAUGGAUUAGUCUCAAGGAGCUGCUGGGUCGUAGGUGUGCUGUUGCCAGACGGAUUUGGGCUCAUAUGCUAUCAAUAACAAUGACAUAUUUCAUCACUCUGUUCCUCUUCCCUGGUCUGGAGUCAGGGUUACACAACGGUAUCCUGGGAGAAUGGUUGCCGAUUCUCACCAUGGCUCUGUUUAAUAUGGCUGACUUUGUGGGCAAGAUCUUGGCCGCUUGCCCGUGUGAGUGGAGUGGGGUUCAGCUGUUGGUUGGUUCAUGUUUGCGGAUUCUCCUCUUGCCGCUGUGUAUAAUGUAUGUGUCACCCAAUCAGCCUCCCUUACUGACGCACCCAGCUUGGCCUUGUAGUUUCUCUUUAUUGCUGGGUGUCAGUAACGGAUACCUUGGAUCUGUGGCAAUGAUACAGGCAGCUGGACACGUGCCACUUCAACUGCGAGAAGUAGCAGGGAACACCAUGACUGUAUCCUACAUGGCUGGACUGAUGCUCGGGUCUGUAGUGUCCUAUUCAACGCACAUCCUAAAGACACACACCUGUCUCGUUGUGACAAUAGAUGAUACGCUUACAUAACAGAGAUACAUGCCUGGCCACUGAAUGCCAUCUUACAGAUUCUCUAGUAAUGUUAGGAGUGACAUUAUCCCUGCUGAAAAGAGCAGACCUGAAUUUCCCAUCUAGGAUCAGUUUAUACGGAUUGGUGCUGUUCACCAGGUUUAUGCAUUUUAUUGGAAUUCAGAUCAACAAUGUAUCCUGACGUCAGACCAGCCCACAUGGAAAAAACAUAUAUAAACAUAUAUGUUUCAAUAUAGGUUUUGAUAUAAGUUUUACAUAUAUGUGACAUAUAUAAAAUUGGCCGUUUUCCUAUAUUAUAUGUACAUAUAACCUUCCGAUCAUUAGAUAACUCGCUUUACCAUCUGCGCUACUGUCGCUGUUAAAUAACACUGAACAGUAGCUGUUAAAUUAAACCAUUUUGUUAUACAUGUCCUAGACAGAUCUUGUAAAUGUUUUAAAUGUGCAGACAUCAUAACUUUAUUUAAUAAUUCACAUAAUUUAUGGCCUGUAUAUGCACAUAUAUGCACCUCAAUUUUGCAUAUAUGCAGCAUAUAUAUUAUCAUAUAUGGGCAUAUAUGCUGUAUAUGUGCAGCAUAUAUGUGCAUAGUAGCUGCAUAAAGGUUUCAUAUAUGUGCAUAUAUAUUAUUAUAUAUGUGCAUAUAUGCUGUAUAUGUGCUGCAUAUAUGUGCAUAUUAGCUGCAUAUAUGUUUCAUAUAUGCACAUAUAUCCACAUAUAGGUUCUUUCCAUGUGGGAGUGUUGGAUCCUGACAUCGGAUCAAUGUCUGAUUUUGACAUCAGGCCAACAUUGGAUUUGGACGUCAAUACCCAGUUUUGAGCAGAUGUCAAGGUGAAUUAAGACUAUUUAAAUAGUCUAAAUAGUCUGCACUGAGAACAGAGACACACUGUUUAUUACAUAAUUAUACAACAGUUCUUUCUGGUUGUCGAAUCUGAUUGGCUAAGAGCUAUGCGAUAUUCUACUGAUAACGGCACAGUAACCGCUUCACCUUUGUAUUAUUCCGCCACCUAGUGAAUGGAGGUCCUUUAAACAGGCUCAUCUCUGAAUGGAAAAAUUCGUUCAUUAGUUCACUAGCUCGUAAAUCACUCUGUGAAUCCCAAUCGGAAGCGACUAUUCCGUCAAAGAUCAGCGCUCUUGGAUGUUAUGUUAAACUUAAUGGGAGUAAUGUCUUGUCACGUCGUGUGGACGAUUAACACUUUGAAAAAGGAAUGUUAACAAUAAUUUUUUCUGGAGCGAUCUCUCUCCUCUGAACGCGAAAACAUCGUGGAACUGCCGGUAAGCACCGCAGCUUUUAAAUGUGGACAUUGAUCAUUUAUUUUAUCGUGACGUGACUAUUAAAACAUGUUAUGAGAUAUCGCCACUGAUAUAUUCAUAAGCAGCAUGCAAAAAAUAUAGUUUUAUAUAGUACUGACAAGAACAAAGUCUUAUAACAAGCGAGUGCUCGUAUCGCGUUAAGAUUAAAUGGGAAAGCAAUAGUAACAUUAUAUAAGUAUAGUUUUAUUAACUUUUACCUCGCGCCAAAACAAUAACAACAUAAAAGACACUAAAUAUGAAUAAGAAACCAAGUAAUAGUUUGAUCAUGACACCAAAUACUGCUGAUUUGAUCUCAUUUUUGACCAUCAAACACAGACAGGGCCAACAUCAGAGCCAGGGAAUCCCUGUCAGAGAUGUAGAGAGGGCGGUGGUCAGCGGGGCAAGUGAACACUGAUGUCCGCUCAUGCUCUGGUUCUCUCAAGCAAACGUUCAAACAGGCGCUAUAUUUACUAAUCGACUGCAGAUUUAAAUAUAAUACAUAUAUUCUCGACUGAACUACUCUUAAAACUACACUUUGUGACCAAGAAACGUUCAUAUAAAGAAACGGCUACUCCGUCCAUCGAGUUAUUAUGAGAUUCAAAGCAGCCGAAAGUGUUACCUGUCAUUCUGGCCGCCCUCAAAUCCGUGGCGGAAGAAAGUAGUUCCCAAACAAAGAGGCUUUUAAAAUAACUCUGUUGUUGUUUUCUAGUUUUCUUUUUUCAAACGUGUGUCGUCGAACUGUUGUAUAAAAGCAAUAUCGCUCUCGGAGUCGUGUGAUACAGCUCUAUAUCACACUCCUACUCGAGCGAUAUUGCUUAAUUAAAAUACAGCGAGUUAAAACUAUACACUGUAAAUUAUAUUAUAGUAUUAUACCUGUAAUGUUGUGAUCUGAUCAGUAAUUGUUAUAGAUAACUUUGCUAAUGUUGAUGGCUGGAUUAGGACGCAUGAUUUUUUUCUCUAAUGUGCUGAGACAAUAAAAACAAUAAUAUAC